AUGGCUAUCCACUACCUCAUUCUUCUUUCUCGCCAGGGCAAAGUGCGCCUUGCGAAGUGGUUCACCACCCUGUCGCCGAGGGAGAAGGCCAAGAUUGUCAAGGACGUCUCCCAGCUGGUUCUCGCCCGUAGAACUCGCAUGUGCAACUUCCUCGAGUACAAGGAUUCCAAGAUUGUUUACCGCAGAUAUGCCUCACUAUUCUUCAUCGCCGGCGCCGCCUCGGAAGACAAUGAGCUGAUCACCCUCGAAAUCAUCCACCGCUACGUCGAGCAGAUGGACAAGUACUACGGCAACGUCUGCGAGCUUGAUAUCAUCUUCUCGUUCACAAAAGCCUAUUAUAUUUUAGACGAGCUACUAUUGGCCGGGGAACUGCAAGAAAGCAGUAAAAAGAAUGUCCUGCGCUGUAUAUCACAGCAGGACUCGCUAGAAGACAUGGAGGUCGAGGACGAAGUUACCAAAAUUAUGUAA